CACUGAAUAUGCAGACAUGGCUUCUGUCUUUUGUGAGAAUUGCUCCAAGAUGCUUAAAGAAUUUGCUGCAAAUUUCAGGAAUGUUUGCAAGGAAUUUAAACUGAAAGUUUACAAAGAACUGUCCCACUGUACCUGCGUCAGGAUUACACCUGAAAGGACGACUCAGUUGCCAACCUUACUCCACCUAUGUGAUAAUGGACCCCAUAUUUUCAGGCAGGAACGUCUACAAGCACUGAAUACACUUGCAGCCUCGGAAAAUAUAGAUCUGCAAAUGACUGCAGCUGUUUAUUAUUUACGUCUCAGUCACCAGUUGAACUCUCCCUUACCAGAUGACUUCAUGGAGCCAAUCAUGCCUUUGCUUUUAUCAAUUCACUUUGAUGUGCAAAAGAGUAUCUUGCUGGCUGUGGUCAAUCUGCUGAUAAAGAAUAACGUGUGUAAAGAGUUGGUGAUUGAAAUGGGAAUGCUGGUUCCCUUACUGGAGUUGUUCCAGUCCGGUGAUGCUACUGCUCAGUGUCACUCGUGUGCCUGCAUUGCCAUGCUGGCCUCUGCAGAAUCAAACACAGAUGCUCUGCUUGUGGAUGGAAUCAUACCCCUGUUGGCUUUAGCAAAAUCCUAUGACCCAAAGGUGCAACAGGAUGCAGCCUGGGCUCUGUUGUAUCUCACACAAUCAGAUUGGCCGACGAGGAUCUUAUGCCAAGCAGGGGCCAUCCCAGUUCUGGUUCUUCUGCUCCAGUCCUCAGAUCCGGAGGUUCAGUUUUACAGCUGCACUGCUCUGUGUAACAUCGCUGCAAAGCAGGAGCAUCACCCAAAGAUGCUCAGCAUUGGAAGUCACUACUUGUUAAAGUCUCUUUUGACUCUCAUGUCCUCCUCUGUACAAAAGAAUUCAGCUCAAGCAUGCAGAUGCCUGCAAACACUCUCCAUGAACGUUCUUAUCCAGGAGCAGCUGAUGGAGCUUGAGUGGGUGCUGCCUCUGAAGGGGCUCCUGAAAGAUUCUGCUCCUGUUUGGACCGAGCCAGCCAUAACGCUCCUGUCUGACCUCUCUGCGCACCCACCAAACAAAGACAUCCUAAUCAGUGAAGGAGUGUUGGAUGGAAUCGGGCAGCUGCUUCGUCAUCACAGAUCCAGCUGUGUAAUAGUCGCACACAGCUGUAAGAUCAUCACCAACCUGUGUAGCUCCUGCACAGGUCAGCAGGCUGUACUGGAGGGUCUGUGCUUAUCAGGACCCCUCAGGGCCUUUCUGUUGCCGACCCUGGGAGACGAAACCUUGCUGCAUGUGACCUCAUGCUUACAACACAUGAUGACCUUGGAUCCACUUAAAUGUAAGUUAUCAGCAACACUUACAUCAGAGCAUGUUUCAAGGCUGGUGAAGCUGUCGGGACAAAGCGGGAAUUCUCAGCUGUCAUACAACUGCGCAGCCAUCAUAAGCAAAUUAGACAUGAGUGCUGAGAUGCGUCACUUACUGAGACCUCACUACUUGAACGUAAUCGAGUAUCUUUUAGCAUUUCUGCAGAGGAGAGAUGUACAAUUUCAGCAGCUCGUCAUCAUAACAGUGUUUAACCUCCAGAAAGAUGAAGGCUUUGUAUCGCAGCUGGCUGACAGCGAGCUCGAGGUUCAGCUCUGGAAGGUGCAGGCGCAGACGGAGGAAACUAGGCGGCUGCUGCAGAGGAUUCAGCCUCUGUCUCCAUCCUGUGUUCUGAAUCACUGACUGUUUUAAGUACAUUUGGAAUUUUAGAAUUAGUUAUUUUUACAAACGUUUUUAUAUUACAUGCAGUCAUUACAGUAUGUUAAAUAAAGAACAACUACAGGCUCAGUAUAAUAUUAAUUUUAAUCAAAUAUGGCAGAGAUUUCAACCUUAAUAGCUUUAACAGGUUACAUUUAUGAGCAGUAAUAUCUGAUACAUCUGUUUUUAUAUGCUUUUAUCAUAAUAAACUAACUGAACCUCUAC